GAGUUAAGAGAAACAAUACAUAGUAAUUUCAACAGACAGAUUCAUAGCAGUUUUAUAAUACAAGUUUGRAGGUGUGAAAUGAUGAUAAGUGUAAUUCUCAUAUACGUGGUUUUGUUUCUUCUGAGUGUACAGUUCCUGAAUUUGCAAUGGAAGAGUCGUGGAUUUCCUCCUGGGCCAAUCCCAUUUCCYAUCAUUGGAAGCAUCUGGUGGAUAAAGUUUAGAGCAGAUCAUGGGAGCCUGAAAAAGCUGGCAGAAACCUAUGGCAACAUCUGCACCCUGUGGAUGGGUCACAGACCUGUGAUGGUGCUCUAUGGGUUCCAAGCUGUGAAGAAUGGUCUCGCCAACAACUCGGAGGAUGUUUCAGGGCGACUGCAGACCUACGUUUUCAACAAGAUGGCACAGGGAAAAGGUAUCUUGAUGUCWAAUGGUCUCAUCUGGAAACAACAGAGAAAUUUUGGAUUUGGAACUCUCCGAAAAYUGGGAAUGGGGAAUAAAGGAAUGGAGCGUGGGAUACAGACUGAAGCCCAUUACCUGGUUGAGUUCUUCAAAGAAAAAAAUGGAGAAGCUGUUGACCCUUCCUUUCCCAUUGUCCAUGCUGUCUCCAAUGUGAUUUGUGCUGUGGUUUUUGGACAUCGUUUCUCCCUAGAGGAUAAAAACUUCCGCCAGCUGAUGGAAGCCUACAAUUGGAUAGUGGCUUUUGGGAACAGCCACUUUUAUUAUAUAUGUGAAGUUUUCCAAUGGGCUGCAGAGCACCUCCCAGGAUCUCUACAAAAAACAUUACUUUCCCGUGAUUUUGUUCGUUCAUUCGUAAGGCAGGAAAUCAAAAGUCACAGGGAAAAAGGCAGAACAGGUGAACCAGAAGAUUUCAUUGACUUUUACCUGGAUCAGAUAGAGAAAACUAAAAAUGUCCCCAAUUCUACAUUUGAUGAAGACAACAUGGUGCAGGCUGUUUUUGACCUUUUCCUGGGUGGCUCAGAGACCACAGCCACCACUCUGCGCUGGGCUCUGCUCUAUAUGUUGGUUUAUCCUGACAUCCAAGAAAAAGUCCAGAAAGAGCUGGACACUGUUUUGAGUCCUUCUCAUGUCAUCUGCUACGAGGAUCGGAAGAAGCUGCCCUACACAUAUGCUGUGAUUCAUGAGAUCCUCCGCUUCAGCAGCAUUAUUUUAAUCACAAUUCCUAGAGAAGCUGUGAAAGAUACCACUAUUUUGGGGUAUCAUAUUCCAAAGGGCACUCUAAUUAUGGCAAAUAUAGACUCCACUCUUUUUGACCCUGCCUACUGGGAGACCCCUCACCAGUUCAACCCUGGUCAUUUCUUGGACAAGGAUGGAAAUUUUGUGACCCGAGAGGCCUUCUUAGCCUUCUCAGCAGGCCACCGUAUUUGUCCAGGAGAGACKAUGGCCAAGAUGGAGUUUUUCAUCAUCUUCUGCAGCCUGUUGCAGAAAUUCAAGUUCACUGUACCAGAAGGAGUUAAGAAAAUCAACACCGACUUUAUCUUUGGGAGCACCAUGAAACCCCAUCCAUACAAGCUCUGUGCAAUUCCACGCUGGGUUACUCAGUGUUAGAGAUUUAAGAAGCAUGGCCACAGGUUUGGUAGCAUGCUGGUAUUUGUGCAACUUUAUGGUUCUCAUUUUUAGCUCUAAUUCUGUGUGAAUCUAUCCUUGUUGUGUUAUAUGUAUAAGAAGCCAGYCCUGAACAAUGCUCUGGUUUUCCUGUGUGUGGAAAGUGUCUGUACUUUUUUUU